GGUGCAGUGUUGCUUGCAUUCGGCAUGUUUCUAAUCCUUUGUUAAUUAGGGCAGUUUCCUACCCGAAGUGCAUGCCCGGUAUUAGGGCUACAGAAGGAAGACCAUUCGUUUGGAAAUGGGCUCCAAGUGUCCAUAGAAUACCGAUAUUAAUUUUUGACAGCUUUCGCUUUAAUUUCAGUAUAUCGAUAUCAACUGAUUUCUGUUUCAAUUAACUUUGAAUGUCAAAGAUGUACAGUUUAUUUACUGAUUGUUUGUAAACAGUAACGUGGGCGUUUAAUUUGAAAUUAUACGACUCGGAGACGAUAUACUCUUUUUGCUUUUAAACAAAGUGACAUAGAUUUGUCUCUUUCCAGCUUCAAUGAAGAAAUGUUUACCAAACUUACGAACACGCUGUCACGUCUUAUAACUGUUACUCAGAAGAGGUUCUGCCAAAAUAAUGGACAACAUGAGAAGAAUGGAAUGUUUCUCUAUUUGAAGGACAGAAUUAAAGCGGGUGGACCUUUGACCGUUGCAGAGUACAUGAGAGAGUGCUUGACGAACCCAAAGUAUGGGUAUUAUAUGCAUCGUGAUCCAAUUACGGAAAAGGGCGACUUCAUUACCUCUCCUGAACUUAGUCAAAUGUUUGGUGAGCUUAUUGGAGUUUGGAUUCUAAAUGAGUGGACCAAAUUGGGUGCACCAAAACCUCUUCAGAUAACUGAAUUAGGUCCUGGAAGAGGGACGUUAAUUGCUGAUAUUAUGAAGGUGCUGAGAAAGUUUAAUUCUACAGAUGGUGUUAGCCUUCAUUUGGUGGAGAUAAGUCAGCACAUGAGUAAACUGCAGGCCCAGGCCCUCAAAUGUAUGCAAACAAAUGAAAGUGGAUUACCGAAUGAGAACAUGGAGUACCAAUCUGCAGUUACUACUGAUGGAAUAAGUGUGAAGUGGUACAGACAGAUACAAGAUGUACCACGUGGGUUUUCAUGUAUAAUUGCUCACGAGUUUUUUGAUGCCUUGCCUGUUCACAAAUUGCAAAGAACUAAACAUGGAUGGAGAGAGGUACUUAUUGACAUAGACGUGUAUUCUGAUGGCAACAGAUUCAGAUAUGUAAUUUCCCGUUCACCUACACCAGCCUCAAAACUUUUUGUACAGCCUGAAGAGAAAAGGGAUCAUUUAGAAGUGUGUCCAGCUGCCGGUGUUAUAGUGGAUCAUAUUGCAUCACUUUUGGAAGAGGAGGGUGGCUUUGCUUUGAUUGGUGAUUAUGGGCACAACAGCGAAAAGACUGACACUUUAAGGGCUUUUAAAAAUCAAAAGAUCCAUCACCCUUUGAUUGAGCCUGGUUUAGCAGACCUUACAGCAGACGUGGAUUUCGAAUAUUUGAAAAAACGUGCUAAAACAAAAUUAAUCACGUUUGGCCCAGUGACGCAGUCGUUCUUCUUAAAGAACAUGGGAAUUGAUUUGAGACUAAAGGUGCUGUUGUCACAGAGUGAUUCUGAAAAAAGAAAAAUUAUUCUGGCAGCUUAUCAAAUGAUGGUUGAUGAAGACAACAUGGGUCAGCGGUUUAAGUUCCUGUGUAUGUUUCCUGCCGUGCUACAAGAUCAUCUGAAUAAGUUUCCGGUCGCUGGAUUCUCGGGCACACUUUUUCGAUGAACAAAUACACUACAAAAGUUGACUCUGUGUCAGUAUACUGUUGCAUAAGAUUGUUAAAAAGUAUUGUGAUAUUGCUGCAGGAGUUUUUUGGUCCUGUAAUUAUGGACAUACUCAAUAGUAUUAGCUGUGAUCAAUCUCUUUUUU